CGCUGUUGGCAUCGAUGUUUCCACCUCUAAUACUGAUUGCAACUUCCCAAUUUUUUACAAAAAAAAUCAAAUGAAAAUUAAAAAACAUAUUUUCGUACCUUUAAUGCAAUAAUAUGUGCAUUUUGAAGCAUGCCGAUUCAGGCUCCCUCAUGGACAGAUUUUCUGAACUGUCCCAUCUGCUGCAAUGAAUUCGCGGCCAGCCAGCGAUGCCCGGUCAGUCUGGGCUGCGGGCACACCAUCUGCAAGCUAUGCCUGACGACCCUCUACAACCGGCAGUGUCCCUUCGAUCAGACCGUAAUUGUCAGCGAGAUCGACAAUCUGCCCGUUAACCAUGCCUUGCUCCAGCUGGUCAAGGAUUCGGAGCUCCUGGAGCUGGGACCACCACCGCCCAGUGUGCAGAAGCUGGAGCCGGAGCACCUCAAGUGCUACCAUCUCGGUCAGCAGUGCAUCGAGGAGCUGGCACUGCACUUGAAGUCCUUCCUCAACCUGAACGGCAAUGGCAAUCUCCUAACUCGACCCAUGCAACGGAAACUGGUCACCCUGGUCAACUGCCAGCUGAUGGAGGAGGAGGGACGGGUGAGGGCACUCCGGGCGGCCAGAUCCCUGGGCGAACGCACAGUCACCGAGCUGAUCCUGCAGCACCAGAAUCCCCAGCAGCUGAGCUCAAACCUGUGGGCGGCGGUGCGGACGAGAGGAUGUCAGUUUCUGGGACCGGCCAUGCAGGAGGAGGUGCUCAAACUAGUGCUCCUGGCGCUGGAGGAGGGAUCUGCGUUGUCGCGCAAAGUGCUGGUCAUGUUCGUGGUGCAGCGAUUGGAACCGCAGUUUCCACAGGCCUCCAAGACGAGUAUCGGACAUGUGGUGCAGCUACUCUACCGAGCCAGCUGCUUCAAGGUGUCCAAACGCGAGGCAGACUCAUCGCUGAUGCAGCUCAAAGAGGAGUUCCGCACCUACGACGCCCUGCGACGCGAGCACGAUGCCCAGAUCGUCCAGAUUGCCACCGAGGCGGGUCUGCGCAUUGCCCCGGAACAAUGGUCUUCCCUGCUGUACGGCGACGUGAUGCACAAGAGCCACAUGCAGAGCAUCAUCGACAAGCUGCAGACGCCCAGUUCCUUUGCCCAAUCGGUUCAGGAGUUGGUUAUCGCGUUGCAGCGCACCAGUGAUCCUGCCAAGCUGGCCAGUCUGCAUCACCACCUCAAGUACCUGGCCAACAUCGAUCCCUGUGCGGAGGUGGCACCCUGGCCGGAUUUGGCCGAGGCCCUGGAUGCAGUGCGUCAUUCGGUCGUGGGAUUGGUGAACUUUCUGCAGCACCACGGCGUGCGCAAGGCACAGGACGGCCUCAGUGGCGGUGGCAGUGGUGGCACAGCCAAUAGCAAUCCCAAGUACAAGAUCAGCCUGUGCAGGGAUUUGAAUGUGCGGCGGGUGUGUCCCCGAGGUGCCAGCUGCACCUUCGCCCACUCCCAGGAGGAGGUAGAGCGCUAUCGGGCCCGCAAUCGUGGCAAGCAUAUGAAGACACCGCUGGCCCUGCAAGGACCGCCGACCAUGGUCGGUGGAGCCCUUAAGAAGCCGCUGGGAGAGCAGGAUGGACAAGCGCUGGGAGUGCCGCCCAUGCUGCCCAUGUCGCCCAUGCACUACAUGGGCUCACCCAGGGGCUAUCUGGAGCCCAGUUUGGGUCUGUCGCCAGGAGGAGGAGGAUUGCCGCCACAACAGCCGCCACCACCGCUACUCCAUCCCUCGCAUCACAGUCCCAUUGCACGACUCAUAGUGCCCGGCCGCUAUGAUCCUCGCUUCACCGGCUACGGCGUUGGUCAGCAGCGGAAUCCCGCGCCCAGGGAAUACCAAACCAAUCCGGGAGCUCCACCACAACGCAAUGCCAACCCACCGAACUUUAGUGUGAACAGCAACCUGCACAAGGGCUACAUGCUGCCCGGUGGCGCCGGGGAUGUCUUCCAUCUGGGCAACCCAUGGGAUCAUGCCUACCUCGCUCAGCAGCAGCAGCAGCAGCAGCAGCAUCCGCCACAGCAUCCCCCACAGCAGCAGCCACCGUCCAGCAAGCCGAAUCCCAGCCGACCGUUGUCGAUUUUAGCCGCAACAGCUGAUACCUCAUUUUAUGAAAAGAAACCGCCGAAUAGUGUUAACAUAGAUCUGGACAGAGCCCCGGAAAGCGAUGUGGAUGCACUGCCUCUGUUCCGGCGUACCAACAACAAUCACAAUAGCAACAACAACAACAACAACAACAAUAGCAGCUCCCACAACAAUAACAAUAAUCAUAGCUCACCGCUGCUGUUCUGGAAUAAUUCGGGUAAAGAGUCGGCGAAUUUUGUGCGUUCGGAUUCCAUAUUGGAUGACGAUGCGUCCACAUUUGAUGUGCCCACCGGCUCCUCCAUGCUAAGUCGCUAUGGUCCCAUUUGUCCCAAGAGCAGCACGGGCAGCAAUUGGAACAACUGGCUGCUGGAGAACGAUAGUGACCUGGGAUAUGGUGGCUACAAGAGCGACAGGAACGAUAACUUCAAUGCCAAUAAGCAGCAGCAGCAGCAGCCGAUGUGGGGCAGAAAGCCACAGCUGAUGUCGGAGGAUAGCUUCGAGGGCGGCAUCGACAGCGGGAUGAUGCUGCAGCUGGAGAAGAACCUGGUGGACAUCGUCGAUCCCGAUGACAGUGGGAUCAAGGUGGACUAGCUGCCAGCAGCCAGCAGCAGUUGGCUCACUCAGCCGGAGGAUAUUUCUAUAUAGGUGUUUAUAUAGACCGAGUGGGAGGGAAGUGAAUAUGUAUAAUGCAAUCAUUUUACACAUCGUUAGAGGUUUGUACCGCACAGUUCAAACUUUGGUAGAAUUUCAAAUGUAAUUGUAGUUAAAACUGAUCCAACUGAUCCGACUGAUCCGUUAUUGGAUCGGAGCCAAAACAAAGCAAAACAUCAACUGGGUUGGGUACCGUCUAUUAGAAUCUAUUAAAUAAUUGUCUACUUAGUUCAUUGUUCAAAUUUUGUGGAAAUGUGUUUUGACCAUGUUCGUGUUAUGUUUCAAAUUCGGGGAUUGUGUUUAGCAAUUGAAAUAACAAAAAGCAAGCAAAAACAAACUCAACUUAGAUCGUAAGACUUUGUGUCUAGCCUAGAGUUCAGCUCAGACUUGUAGAUCUGCUAUAAAUACGAACUGUAGUAACCCCCCGUAGAAAAAAAAUGGUGAUCAAGAGGGAUGAGAUAUGUAAACAUCCAGAUUUGAAUAGCAGCAAAGAUUUUAAAGCAAUUUUCUCAGAUGAAAUAGAAACUGUGCACUAAUUAACUGAAUCAUGAUCACAAGACUUCGAGAUCUAAGUAAAACUCAAAUUUCUAUCCAAAAUAAUGUGUUUAUCAUCCCCCUGAUUAUUUGUGAUCAAAUUUUGAUUGAUUGUGUAACGCUGUAUACAUAGAUAUAAACAUAUAUAUUUUUUUUAAUUAUUAACUAUUUCAAAACGCUAUUUUUAUAUAUACAAAAAUCAGCAGGGCUGAAAGGACCUCAAUAUUCUUUCGUCCUCAAAACACAAUCACACACAUACACUAACACGCAUACACACUGAACCACAGGACACGAACGAUCAUUUGUAUGUGUGUGAAAUGAAUGUUUAUAUUUCUUAAAGAAAUUUUAAUAACGCUAUUGUGCGAUGUUGUUAACUAUUGUACUAUAUAUUAUUAAAUUUAUUGAAAAUAAAUUAAAAUCACGUCCCCUUCUCCCUUUUUGUAAACUGUGAGAAAAGUAAAGUACAGAAAAAAAGUGACGAAGAGAAAGUUAAAUGUCAGUCAGGGCUUUGAGAACAUUUACACAUACCUACUCUAUGCAAAUAUAAAUUUAUAUUUAUAUCUAGAAACUAACCAAUUUGUGCGCUCUAUUAUUAAUAUUAUAUAUUAAUGUCAGUUGAGCCCGCGUUUUGCUUUCAAGACUUUGUACAUCAUUUUGAUUUGAAGCAAAUAUGAAAGAUUUUGUAACUUGUAUUUGUUAAGCGAUGAAAUCAGGAACCUUAUAUAUAACUGCGCUUGAUCAUAGAAGAAUAUAACAUAUAUAUCUUUACAAAUAUAUUUAUUGUUAACGAGUUUCGAUGCCGUGUGUGUAGUAGAAUCCAUGUAAAAAUAUAUUCCCCGCCCCCCGGGGAAUAUGUGUUCAGUUGUGAGCUAGUUAAAAUUGAUCGAAGCAAUUUUAAAACAAACAAAAAACAUACAUUUAAAUGUAAUUUCCUAUUACUCAGAAACUAAAGCAUUCAAUGUAUAGAAGCGCAACAGGGGAGGUAAUUGAGAUUUCUUCAAUCUAUUUGUCUCCUGUGAAAUGUGAAAAUAUAGAAGAAGGCUGGGCGGAGAGGCGUUUUUCUGCGUACUUAAGUCCCGAUUCAGGUUCAGAUCCAGAUUUAGCGUUCUCCGCCCGACCUUUGGCUGUGGUGAAGUUUUUUUUAGCUUAAACCCAAUGGGUUCAGUUCAUAAUAACGUAUUUGUUGAGUUGAGUUUUGUAACUUUAUAAUUUACAAUCAGUCCAGCAACCCGCCAAAUCCCCAAAACUCCAAAACUUCAAAACUUCUAAACUGACCGAGGCUCUUUUUUUGUACAGAUCGUGCCGAGCAAUUCACACAUACACACAUACAUUUUCUAGUUACACACACUUAUUUAAAUGCAUAUAUAUUUAUACAUAUGUUAAUUAAAUGUAUUUUUGGUAUUAUCACUCAAUGUUUCUACCCUAAGCAAAUUUCGAGUUCUGUUAAUCAAAGUGGAAAAAAAUAUGCAAAAAAAAAAAAAUUAUUUAUUUUAUUUACAAAUAAAUUUUCACAAAACUUUUA